AAUUACCGCAUAUUGCACGUCUCGCUCCUUGAUAAUCAAAUGGUUGUCCUGACAUUUGAGAAGUUCUAAAUUAUUGUUUUAAAUUUGAAUUAGAAAAAUGCUUUUAGCAAACUAAUGACAUGUGACAUGUUUCAUUGCAGCAAUUAGUCAACGUGAGAAGAGUCAUCCACUGCCUUCACGUUAGUUCUUUCUCUCGAUCUGCAGUUUCACUGUUCUUUUUACAAUACUCUAAACACAAAAAAGAUAUCCAGCUUUAGCAGUUUCAAGUUUGAGGGAUGAUGGGUAGAGCCUUACUAUCUUCUUUCCUUUCUGAUUUGGUAGACAACAUAAAACGUAUCAUCACCUCUCAAACUAAAGCUAGUAUGGUGACACCACUGCAAAUGGUCAUGUCAACAUUGUUAGCCCUUGAUGCUGUGGUUGAUUCUGCAGAAGAGAAGCAGUUUAGAGGAGGAAGAAGUGCACAAGUAGUGAAGAAGUGGUUAAAUAAAGUACAAGAUGCUUUAUACCAAGUGGAUGAACUGCUGCUGCAGAUUUUGACCCCCAUCAGUUCUACUCCAGAUCUGCAUCAGCUGCCGAAGGAAUUCAAGGAUCAAAUCCUUGAUACCCUCCCGAACUUAGAAUCUCUGGUGCAACAGAUUGAUAUCCUUGGCUUAACUUUUGAGCCUGCUAUGAAGAGAUGGAUGAAAUCCAGCGGAGGUUUGUAUUCAACUUCUGCUGUGUUGGAUAAGUAUCCGAAAGAUGAUAUCUUUGUAAGAAAUGCAGAAGUGGAGUCUAUUUUGGAUUACCUGUUAUCAACUAGUACUGAAAGUAAACAACAUAUCAAGGUGAUUAACAUAGUGGGAUUAGCUGGGGUAGGUAAGACUGCCUUGGCUAAUGUUCUCUUCUCCAACCACAAGGUGACGGAUUCUUUUGAAAUAAUAGCUAAAAUCUUUGUGUCCAACACAGCCACUAGCUUGAUGGUUAAGGAUAUUCUCCAGCCAGGCUUUGGAAAUUUUUAUGGUGACCAUGAUUUGCACAAGUUAUGUGAGAUAUUGGAGUCAAGAUGUCGUGGGAAGAAAUGUCUAUUGGUGUUGGAUGACAUCAUCAUUGAGGAUAGAUUACAGGACUGGAGGAAGCUGAUUGCUUCCUUUGAAACUGGAGCAGCAAGAGGGAGUGCCAUAAUCCAUACAUCCAUUCCUCAUCGUGAUCCAAUGCUAUUCAAAUAUAUGGUAGAUGAGAUUCAUACUGUGCAUCUGGAUUUGCUGUCAAUAGAGGAUUGGUUGUCAAUCUUUAUGGGGAAUGCUUCUAGGCAGAGAAACAACGUUGAUGAACUCCCGAAAGAACUAUCAGCAGUUGGAGAAAAAAUCGUCAACAAAUUGGGAGCUCUUCCCUUGGCUGCAAAAAUGACGGGGAGCCUUUUGCAAGAUAAGCUGGAUUUGAAUCCUGAAUGGGAUAAGAUAUUGAGUGAAUUUCUGGAUGAUGUGAAUCUUCUUCCCAUUCCUUCAUUUCUAGUGUUGUGCUAUCUCGAUCUCCCCGCACCGGUUAAACGGUGCUUUGCAUAUUUGUCACUAUUUCCAAAGUCUUACCACUUCAGGCAGGAGGAGCUGAUCUGCCAGUGGAUGGCUCAUGGCUUUCUGAAAUAUAAUGAAUCUGGUAGAAGCAUGGAAGAUGUUGGGGAUGAAUAUUUCGGUUAUCUAAUAAAAAGGUCUUUCUUGCAACCUGCCUUUGGUUAUCAUGAUACAUUUAUGAUGCAUGAUCAUGUUCAUUACUUGGCAAUUUACGUGUCUGAAGAAUCAUACAAGCACCAUUUGUGUUAUGAUGGAAGGAUAAAGGAUUUUGCACUAGAAUCUAUUCUCAAACAUGGAAGAUCUUUGAGAACAAUUAUGCCAGUACAUUUGGGAUUUGAACGGGAAAGAAGUGAGUUCGACCCCGAUCUGUGGGAGCGUGUGAUUACGAAGUUGAGUAAGCAUGUCUUUCAGGCCUUAUCUUUAUCACACUAUAAGAUCACUAGCUUGCCUGCUUCAAUAGGAGGAUUGACACAUCUUUGCUAUCUUAAUGUUUCUUGCACUGACUUAAAGGAGAUCCCAGAUUCCAUCUGUGACCUGAUUAAUUUGCAGACACUUUUACUGAUUGGCUGCCGUUCCCUCACAUCAUUGCCCGACAGACUAUGUAAUUUGGUAAAGUUGCGUCGCCUUGAUUUCCAUGGAAGCAGCUUAUGAAGGAUGCCUCCAGAUAUUCACAAUUUGACAAGUCUCCGGGUAUUGACACACUUC